GUCGAAGAUGUCAGCUCGGUCAUGUGAUCAGCUGUGUCCAAUCACAGCUGAUCUCAUGUAAAAAGGGAAAUGCCGGUUAUCGGCAUUUCUCUACUCUCGAGCUGUCACGUUGACAGCUCGAGAGGAGAGGAGAGCCAUGAUGAUCAGUGUGCCCUGAUGAUCUGUGUAGCCCCAGCAGUGCCACCUGUCAGUGUCCAUCAGUACCAGCUGUCAGUACUUAUCAGUGCCACGUGCCAGUUCCCAUCAGUGCCACAUCCAUGCCACAUAUCAGUGCCAACCAGU